AUGGUUGCCUCACUUGGCGAUCGGUACACGGAGUUUCUGGUGCCGUCCAAGUUCAGGCAGGCAUUGCGGCGGCCGCAGCCUGCAGAGCGGGACUACUUGGAAGUCCAAUACACGGGAAUUGAUGGCUAUCCCACAGACAACCUCUCGCGCAAUGAGAUGGUGGCUUUGAUGAGAGGCCCAUCCACGUCCGCCCUUAUUCUGACCAUCAGCAGGCAAGGGCUCUCCCACAGCCGAGCGGUUUACUUGGAGCGAAGACCGCUUCCCCAGCCGCCAAUCAAGGAGGCGCACAUUCUGUUGGACUCGAGCAAGCGGCCGGCGCAGUACCUGCGCAUGCACUACGUCUCCAGCAGUGCCACGCGCCAGAUGGCGUCCCUGCUGCGGCAGGGCCAGAGAGAUGAUGUGGCAGGGUUCAUCCUGGACCUGCGAAACAAUCCGGGCGGAGUUUUUGAGGAGGCAGUAGCGGAGGCAGCGUAUUUCCUGGAGCCAGGGCAGCCGAUAGCGCAGACAGUGCGCAACCAGGAAGUGAUUGACAAUGUGUGGGUGGCGGGGGACCUGUCUUUAGAGGUGUUCCCCAAGCAGCCUUCCCGCCUCACCACAAAGCCUGUCGUGAUUUUGGUGAACAGCGGCACUGCCAGCGCAGCAGAAGUCCUGACCGGGGCCCUGCACGACAAUCACAGGGCAACCGUGGUGGGUCAGAAGACAUUUGGCAAGGGCGUUGUGCAAUUUUACUUCCCGAUAGAUGACGCGGGCAGCGGUCUGAAAGUGACAGUCUCUAAAUACCUGGGGCCCACGGGAUACGACAUCAGCAGGAAUGGUGGCAUUGUCCCUGACAUCACCUGCAAUGACUAUCCCCAUGGGGGUCUUUUGACUGCCAGCGAUGACCGCUGCAUAGCUGCAGCACUGCAAUUAAUUCAGGCAGCAAGUUGA